AAAAGAAUGGCAAGCUGAGAAUUUGUGUAGACUUCAGAAAUUUAAAUCUGGCAACACCAAAAGAUGAAUAUCCUAUGCCUGUUGCAGAUUUAUUGGUGGACGGUGUAGCACGCCACCGAAUUCUGUCAUUCAUAGAUGGCCACAGCGGGUACAACCAGAUUUUUAUAGCAGAAGAGGACAUUCCAAAGACCGCUUUCCGCUGCCCAGGAGCUAUUGGUACGUAUGAAUGGGUAGUAAUGCCAUUUGGUUUAAAAAAUGUGGGUGCAACUUAUCAAAGAGCCAUGAACGCCAUCUUUCAUAACAUGAUUGGUUGUUUUAUGGAAAUUCAUAUUGAUGAUGUGGUUGUGAAAUCUAAUGAGGAUGAAGAACAUCUGGAGCAUUUAAAGUUGGCUUUUGAAAGAAUGAGAAAGCAUGGUCUGAAGAUGAAUCCUUUAAAAUGUGCAUUUGGCGUUUUUGUUGGAAAUUUUCUGGGAUAUCUGGUACAUGAGCGAGGUCUGGAAGUAGAUCAGAACAAGGCAAGAGCUGUUAUUGAAGCACAGCCGCCAAGAAGUAAGAAGGAAUUACAAAGAUUCCUUGGGCAAGUAAAUUUUCUGAGACGUUUUAUCUCAAAUCUGGUAGGAAAAACAAGAGUUUUUUCGCCACUGCUGAAGCUGAAAUCAGAAGUAGAUUUCAAAUGGGAGAAACACCAUCAGACCGCCUUUGAGGAAAUAAAGCAUUAUUUAUCAAAGCCGCCGGUCUUAGUGCCUCCUUUAAGAGGCAAACCUUUGAUUUUAUACAUAUCUGCCGCAGAUGAAUCUGUAGGAUGUCUGCUGGCUCAAGAAAAUAGUAAAAAGCAAGAACAAGCUGUUUAUUAUUUGAGUCGAAGUCUGUCACAGACCGAAGUGAAAUAUUCUUCGGUCGAAAAAUUAUGUCUUGUUUUGUUUUUUGCUGCAAUAAAAUUGAGGCAUUACUUGCUUUAUUCCGAGGUUUAUGUUAUUUCGAAAACUGAUGUGAUAAAGCACAUGUUGUCUCGACCACUGUUGCGAGGCAGAAUUGGGAAAUGGGUUCUGGUUUUGUCAGAAUUCAACUUGAAGUACAUACCUCAAAAAGUUGUCAAGAGGCAGGUUUUGGCAGAUUUCCUAGCAGAUCAUCCGUGCCUUGAGGUAGAAGCGGAUGAGGAAAAAGGUAUUAAUUUAUUUUCCAUAAGUCUGGUUCCUUGGAAGCUUAUCUUUGAUGGAUCUAGCACAGAUUCCAUGUCUGGAGCAGGAAUUAUUAUUAUUUCUCCAACUGGUUUGAAAACCCAGAUGUCAUUUCAGCUAGAUUUCAAUUGCACCAACAACCAAGCUGAAUAUGAGGCAUUGAUUAUUGGGUUGGAAGUAUUGGUAGAGCUCAAGGUACCCAUGGUAGAAAUAAUUGGUGACUCACAAUUAAUCUUGAAGCAAUUAGAAGGUGAGUACAAGUGCACUAGUUUGUCUUUGGCACCUUAUUUUGCUUUGGCAGUACAGCUCUUGGAGGAAUUUGAUGAUGAAAUCUUGAGGCAUGUUACUCGAGAUCUGAACACAGAAGCAAAUGAGAUGGCACAAAUCGCCUCGGGCUUAAAAAUCCCAUAAGGCGUGAUGAGCAGAAUUGUUGUUGUGGAAAAACCAAUUCUGCCAUCUAUUCACAUGCGUGGUAUGGCAAUUUCUG